AUGAUAGGAAUUGAAUGUGGUGCCAGGAAAAGCUGUGAUGGGGUGGAGGAUAAAAGGAAGAAUAAGAAGAGUGAAUUCAGCAAGGACAAAACAGUCUCUGCAGCUUACAAGCCUAUCAACGGACCGACUUGCUCGCAAUGUGGGAAGCAAUUCGGGCCAGAGAAACUGUACACACACAUGAAAUCAUGUAGGGGAAUGAAAGUCUUUGCCAAGGGUUCAAGUCCUGUUUUUUCUUCUGCCACAGCUGAGAAGGCGCCGCGGAAAUCAAUGGAUUCUUCGUAUCAGGAUUCAGUUUCUCGCUAUUACUUGACUAAUCACUGA